AUUCCAGUGCACGUAACAGCAUCAUGUUGCCUGGAGCGAACAAGCACAGUACUAACAACAGCCAACAGACCAGACAGCACAAUCCCAUCCUCUGUUCCUUUCAGCUGCUGAAGAGCCCACACAGCUCUUUCCCUGCUUUCUCCGCAAGCUCGGUUGAAUUGGAGCAGUCUGUACCAUCGUUUGGUCCUCCAAAUCCACAAACACAUUUCAGAUUACUUAAACACAUCAGGAAGGAAUAUUCUCAUGUUAUCAUCUUGGCUGCUGCAUAUUGGUUUCAUGAAUCUCGGAUUCAUGUAUAAGAAUAUUCAGGAAAAACUGAAAUCCGGGAAAGAUGGCUGCAUUUUUCUGGGACUUGGAUUAUGCUACAACUCCUCCACAGACACCAGCUCUAGACUUCAGGCAUACUAGCCAUGUGAGUUCACCCAUGCAAGACAACUUAGACUGGCCUUCAAGUGAGCAAGUGGAAUUCACAAGAUUAAACCCCUCCAGAACUAAAGACAAGACAGAAGGAGAAUGGCAUAUGGUAACAGCCACUCGCUCAUUGCUUGGCAGGGAAAGAAGAAGCCAGAGGGAGGGUUUGCAGGACCAGCAGAGAGUGUCUUACAACAGCUUGCCAAGAGCACACUUUCUCCAGCCAAAUGGAGAAUCAAGUGCUUUUUCACCCUAUGCUAAUGACUUCUGCGUGAAUGGUAGAGAUGCCAAGAACAUUGCUGAGUCCCCCAGGAACAAUCGUAAGAUGCACCCGCUAACACAGCCAGGCUUCUACAGUCCGAAAGUCCCGCGAUCAAAAUACUGUGAAGCUGCACAGUCCACAAAAAUGUCUUUAAAAGGAUCUUCUUCUACAAACAACCUGAAGGAGUUCUUUGCUCUCACGUUGCCUCUUCCGUGCUCCAAAACCGCUGUUCUCGAAACCAGCCCUUUGUGUUCCAAACCACAAAAAGUUAAAACGUUUGUGGUAGAAAAGCCUCCUUUGAUGAGAGCUGUGGUUUCUCAAACUUCACCGAUCUCAAAUCAACCCGACAAAGAGCACUUCAGCCAACUCCUGCCAAGAGAGGACCAUCUCAUCAAGAACCAGGACUCCAGUUUGUUCAGUCUGCAGGAACCCAAUAGGAAACCUCUUAGAAACGACCAACCUAUCUGGAGUCAGAGACAGAAUUUGUUUACUGAGGAAAUUUCUACCAAGGGUCAUCUUUCUAUUAACACACUACAUCGGUUCCCUGAACGCCAGUCUAAAGCAGACCAGCCUGCAGCGCUUUUUCCAAAAUGGGAAAAGGCAAGUCAUGAGAGAUCUACCUGGAGAGUUGACACUGAUAUUAAACCAUCUCAGGGUGACCCUGACUGGUCAUGUCAACUUCAAGCCAGCAGAGCUAAACAUGACUGCAGCCCAAAACAAAAGAAGACACAGGGCUCACAACACAGAGAAACCAGUGAUGUCAGAAACACUAAGCACAACCAUGUAAAAAGUCAGGUGGAUGUGAACUCAAAGAAUGUGUUUGGUCAGCCUCGGGUGAUUGCAUCACUGCGAGCAGCAUGUUCCCUGCGGCCCGUUCGUAAGAGCACAGUAGUGGAGGAAUUGAAAAAACUCAUUGUGAUGGAUGACACAGAGGACAGCUCAGUAUGUGAUUUAUUCGGCUCACAUUCAGCCAUAUGACCCUAAACAACCUGACUGCUUAGGACAAUAAUGUGAAAAAGCAGGUAUUGUUUUGCAGUGUAUUGGUAUGUGUGCAGUGUUGCCAUGUGUUUACUGUCUUUUUCUAGUCAUCCCUUCAACAAAAAGAGGCAGAGAUUUGCAGCACUUUGCAAAUGUCAAGUUCAAGCGCAAGUUCGUUGUUAUUCAGUCAAGAUUAUCGAUCAUACCCAGAGUCUCCCCCACUCACACCCAUCCAUCUGCAAACACGCCAAACAGGCAAGAGU